ACCGGUUGGCUGGUGCUGGUUAGGCCCCGCCCACCGGCGCUGCAGUAACAGUGCAGUGCGCCUGCCACACACCUGAGUGACACACACACACCUGAGUGACACACACCUGAGAUCAGAGCGGGAGCAGAGAGACAGAAUGAGAACGACGGAGAGUUUGCAGCGAUGGAGACCGUUUUAGUGAUCGCACUCUGUUUGCUCUGGACAAGAACAUCAGCGUCAUCGGUCGAGCGACCGCCUGAGCCUCGUCAUGUCCACUUCUACUCAGAGAACCUGAGGAACACUGUGAGGUGGACGCCAGGAGCAGGACCUCCUCGUGACACCAUCUACACUGUGGAGUACGCCCUAUACGGUGAUGAGGAGGAGAGCGGCUCUGAGCGGGUGAGGUGGAGGCGUGUGGAGCACUGCUCCUCCGUCACACAGAACGAGUGUGAUGUGUCUCAGGAGACUUUUAACCUGGAGGAGGAAUACUAUGCCAGAGUCAGGGCUGUCAGUGCAAACACACAGUCUGUGUGGACCGAGAGCACGAGCCGCUUCAGCCCUGCGCUCCACACGAUCCUCGGCGCGCCGCUGCUGGAGCUGAGCGUGCUGCAGAACUACAUAAACGUCACCAUCAAGGGGCCCUUCAGAUGGAGAACCAAGAGGACAAAGAAAGAGAAGUCACUGUGGAAGAUCUUCCCACACAUGAUCUAUAACGUCUCUGUGUUCAACGGCAGGAGCGGUAACACAGCCUACAUGAUGCUUAAAACUGGGAACGUGACGCUGGGCCUUCUGGACUUCUCCAGCCAGAUCUGUGUGAGGGUCCAGGCGCAGUCGGAGUCUCGGCCUCUGGCCUUCAAACCCAGCGAGCGGCAGUGCGUCGAGACGCCCAAAGACCCGUUCAGAGACCAGCUGCUGUCUUCUCUGCUGGGCGGCGUGCUGCCGUCUGCGCUCUGUCUGUGUGUCCUCGCUGUGCUCGGGGGACUCGUUCACUGCUACAUCACUGACCACAGACAGAGACUGCCCAAGAGCACGCAGGUGGUUGAUAUGAGUCAAAGGCUUCACACUCUCCAGCCAGAAAAGCCUCCAACAAUCAUUGUUAACAUAGUCAAAAUGGGAGAGGAGUCAGCUGUGCCUCAGCUGGUGUGUGGUGAGGACUGGUCAGCGGCGGGUGCUCAGGCUCCAGAGCCGCAGCCGGUGGGUUACGCUCAGCAGCUCGCUCUGUUACCGGACGAGGAGGACUCUGUGAGCGUGGACUCUGAGCCGCAGGAGCUGCAGCACAGUGAGGCCACAGAGUACGGCAUCGUGCUGCCGGCCGCCGUCCAAGCCCGGAGCAGCCCAUACCAGACACAAGAGCACACCGUGAACGCCUGUGAGGAUGAGCCAGACGACCAAGACCAAGCACAGAUAUUCCUGGACUGGAGCCCAGAGAGACGAGAACUGAAGAUCCCUCUGACGGGCCUGUUAGGUCUGGAGGACGAAGCUCAGAUCCAGACUGAAGCGGUCACGCUGCUGCCUAACCUCAUCCUGAGACAGAGCUCGGGGGAACACAGCAGGCCGGAGCCGGAGCCGGACGGCUUCAUCAAGAUGGAGCGAGACUGGGGCCUGGUCAUCCGCUCCAGCCCAGACUGACAGAGCAAUGAUGCUGCUGCUUCAGACUCCACACAAGAUGAAGAUCAUUUUGCCAGGUUUAAGGUUUACAUACGAGACAAUAUUAGGGCAGCAAAACGAUUAGUCACGAUUAAUCGAUUCAAAAUCAAAGUUUAUGUUUACAUACUACUGUAUAUGUGUGUGUAGUGUGUAGAUUUAUUAUGUAUACAUAAAUACACACAUAUGUAUAUAUUUCAUGUAUAGAGUUCAUUUGUAAAAACAGAUUACAGAUAAUCAUGUUUUUUUAACGGCAGUUGUGUUGUUUUGAUUAAAAAAUAAUAAACACAAUAAUGAAACACAACAAAAACAUGAUUCAAGAAAAUAAAAAAAUUAAGUUAUCUGUUUUUGCAAAUAAUCACUCUAUAUAUUUUAAAAUGAUCUGUAUGUAAAUACUUUAUAU